CUCAUCCCAGCUCUGUCAGCUUGUUGCACUUGAACCGGGGCAAAAAAAAAAAAGAAAAAAAGAAAAGUACGCACAGAGAGGAAAAUGACGGCUCGGUUUAUGCAAGUGGCGCGAUGCCCGACAGACGAACUGUCGUUGACCAACUGUGCCGUCAUCAAUGAGAAGGAGCCACAGUUUGAACAACAUGUGACUGUGCGCAAUUCAGCCCACAAGUAUGUGUUCACCUUGAAGACGCAUCCAAGUGUUAACUCCGGGACCAUCGCCUUCAGCCAGCCACAGAGAAAAUGGGCAGGCCUAUCGAUUGGACAAGAGGUUGAAGUAACAAACUACAAGUUUGACAAGGCCAAGCAGUGUAUAAGCACCAUGACAGUGGAGAUAGACUUCCGGCAGAAGAAGAAUGUGGACAGCAACCCCUACGACUCCGACAAGAUGGCCAGAGAGUUCCUCCAGCACUUCAACAACCAGGCCUUCAGUGUUGGCCAGCAGCUGGUGUUCAGUUUCUCUGAUAAGCUGUUUGGCUUGCUGGUAAAAGAUAUUGAGGCCAUGGACCCCUGCAUCCUAAAGGGAGAUCAUGCUGUUGCCGAGAAACACAAGGUUGAGAUUGGUUUGUUGCUGGGAAACAGUCAGGUGAUUUUUGAAAAGUCAGAGAGCUCAUCCAUGACCCUGGUUGGGAAAGCCAAGACCCGAGAGACUCGCCAGUCCAUCAUCACUCCUGACUGGAAUUUUGAGAAGAUGGGUAUUGGCGGGCUUGACAAGGAGUUUUCUGACAUCUUCCGUAGAGCCUUCGCCUCCCGUGUCUUCCCUCCAGACAUAGUCGAACAGAUGGGCUGUAAGCAUGUGAAAGGAAUCCUUCUGUACGGACCCCCAGGCUGCGGUAAAACCCUGAUGGCACGGCAGAUUGGCAAGAUGCUCAACGCCCGGGAGCCGAAGAUCGUCAACGGCCCCGAGAUUCUCAACAAGUACGUCGGGGAGUCUGAGGCCAACGUCAGGAAGCUGUUUGCAGACGCGGAGGACGAACAGAAGAGGCUUGGAGCCAACAGCGGUCUUCACAUCAUCAUCUUUGAUGAGAUUGAUGCAAUCUGUAAGCAGCGUGGCAGCUUGGCAGGCAGCACGGGCGUCCACGACACCGUGGUCAACCAGCUGCUGUCUAAGAUCGAUGGAGUGGAGCAGCUCAACAACAUCCUGGUCAUAGGUAUGACCAACAGGCCAGACCUGAUAGACGAGGCCUUGUUGAGGCCGGGAAGGCUGGAGGUGAAGAUGGAGAUCGGGUUACCGGAUGAAAAGGGCCGCAUUCAGAUCCUCAACAUUCACACGGCGAAGAUGCGUCAGCACAACCUGCUGGCCACUGACGUAGACCUUAAGGAGCUGGCUGUGGAGACUAAGAACUACAGUGGUGCUGAACUGGAAGGUCUGGUCAGGGCUGCACAGUCCACGGCCAUGAACAGACAUAUUAAGGCCAGCAACACGGUGGAGGUGGACAUUGAGACAGCAGAGGAUCUGCAGGUCAGCAGAAUUGACUUCAUAGCCUCGCUGAACAACGACGUCAAACCUGCGUUUGGUACCAACCAGGAGGACUACGUCAGCUACAUCAUGAAUGGUAUCAUCCACUGGGGCGACCCGGUGUCAGCGGUGUUAGAGGACGGGGAGCUGCUGGUACAGCAGACGAAGAAUAGCGACCGCACUCCGCUCGUCUCUGUGCUCCUGGAAGGCCCACCCAGCAGUGGUAAAACAGCACUGGCAGCUAAGAUUUCCGAAGACUCCCAGUUCCCCUUUAUCAAGUUCUGCUCCCCAGACAAGAUGAUUGGAUUCUCCGAGAUCGCCAAAUGCCAAGCCAUCAAAAAGAUAUUUGAAGAUGCCUACAAAUCCCAGCUGAGCUGUGUGGUUGUGGAUGACAUUGAGCGCUUGUUGGACUAUGUCCCAAUUGGCCCUCGUUUCUCCAACCUGGUGUUACAAGCUUUGCUGGUGCUGCUGAAGAAGCCUCCUCCAAAGGGUCGUAAGCUGCUGAUCAUUGGCACCACAAGUCGCAAAGACGUCCUCCAGGAAAUGGAGAUGCUAGAUGCUUUCAGCACCACCAUCCACAUCCCCAACAUCUCGAGGGGAGGGCAGCUGGUCGAUAUCCUGGAGCUGCUGGGCAGUUUCGGGGAGAAAGAGCGGGCCAGCAUAGCGAAAGCUGUGAAGGACCGUAGCAUGUGGAUCGGCAUAAAAAAGCUGCUGAUGCUGAUUGAAAUGGCUGUGCAGAUGGAUCCUGACUGCAGAGUUACCAAGUUCCUGAGUCUACUGAAGGAAGAAGCAGCACUCGGUUCUGAUAAUCUUGUGGCAAUCUAGACUCAGUGGAGCCGCAGUGAAAGAGAGGCAUCCUUCAGUGUUGCUGAGGAACGGAAGCCUGAAAGAGGCUGGCAGAGAGAUAAUUUCCAUCUCUCUCUGCAUCCUUCCUUCCCAUCCCUGAAGCUCUGUGUGCUUUUCUCUGCACUGCAGCAGCAACCAACCAGGCAACCUCCUCCUCUUCAGCACUAUGUGAACAUGUAAAAUAAAAGAAACACGCGGCCUUUGUUGUAUCUGUGCAUAUUGCAUUUCCCGGAGCCUAGUGCUGUAAUCCCCAUGUGAUGCCGCCUGCACGCCAUUGUGAUUUUAUAUAUGAAAGAGGCAAAAGGUGAAUUUUGACGGGAAGCAGACGAGCAUGCACGAACACUAACUAUAACACUGUUUGUUUAAAUAAGCCUCAUUUAUAUGCACAGAUGUGUGAUCUGAUCAUUCCAGGACGUGGUGGCUCCGUGACUUAAAGAUCUCACUUUGUUCUUAUCCCCAUGUGUACGUGCUUAUUUUAUGAAUAAAUUAAUUCUAGUACUAAAAGAAGCUCUGUAGUUUCUGCAGUUAAUUAUGAAAUUCAGUGACCAAAUGUUUUAAAAGGGACGUUACCUCGGUUCAGGGGCUCACGCUGCUUUAAAAGACACACCACCUAGAAGUCGAGAUCCACAGUUAUAUAUAGGAAAAUGUGGGACUUUAGAAGUUGAUUCAGUUGAAACACUGUCCUGCUUACCCAGAAAAAAUAUCCAGUCUCUAUGAAAAUCCUUGUGAUAACUCAAAAAAAAAAAAAAUUCUACCAGUUGUUUUCAUUAUCAAGUGUUCUUCUCAUAAUUAUGACAUGUUGUAAUCAUAAGAAAGUAUAAUUAUAACCCAGCAUAAUCUCAUAAUUAUGAGAAAUUUGGCGUGAUGAAAUGAACCUACCGAGACAUUUGCGGUUAACCUCCACAGCAUCAGUGUUGAGCAACGGCUGUAACAACUCAGCAAGAAGUCAGUGUCAGACAUUUACCAAGCAGCUACUGCAGCGCGUCUGAUAGGCUGCAGAGGAAGUGAUCCAUUGGAUGCAGGUUCCUUCAUCCAGUCCUCCAUGAAUAGAAACCAAAGCAUCGGUUACUCCUCCCGCGCUGCUGAUGGAAAUUGUGUAUUUUUAUAUAUAUAUAUAUAUAUAUAAGUGAAAUGAAAUUAAAAUGGUGCAUUUGUGUACUUGUGUAUGCAUUUGAUGAUUGUGCAGUAAUUUUUUCACCUCAUUAUGCAUAAUGACUAGUAACAUCCAAUAAAAAUGUGACCACUUAUA